UCUUAAAAUAAUAGGACUUUGAAAAUACAUACACCGUUUAGCUAUUCGGUAUAGCACGACCGCAUCUCAAUUGCCACUUUGAUAUCUGAAUGCAGCGCUACCGAAAGUGAUUUCUGAGACUUACGCCUGCCGACGGUUUUGAGACCCUGGACUCGGGCGCAAUAACACCUUUACUACUAGCUAUUAUCUGUUUGCGAUUGCAUUUAUCGGCAGUCUGUCUCCUUUGGUGAAGUACAAUAGGCAUAGAAGCUAAGGAUGGCAGCCCAGCCCAUCAUUAAGCAUAAGCAGCGAGAGGAGACCAUUAACGGCAUAAAGACCCAGGUGGUCUGCACGGAAUUCAGUAACUUCAUUUUCAUCGUGGUUACCCAGUAUGGAAAGAUGGGCACAUUAAUAUCAGUCACGCCUGACUCCAGAAACUCUGACAUCGGUACUCCUACUUUCACCACUAAAGUACUUCUGGGGAAGGAUGAGGCUUUGACUCACGUUUACGCCAAAAACUUAGUGACUUUCGUCUCGCAAGAGGCGGCCAACAAGGCGGUGCUCUUGGGACUGGCGCUGAAAGACAGCACCGUCGAGGGGCUGAAAGCCAUGAAAGAGGCAAUCAAGAGCUGCCAGGUGUGGUGAUAUCAGGCUCGCUAUCGGGGAACUCAUUGACGCCUGAUAACAAGCGGGAGUGUCAUCUGUUGGAGGAGCGUGAUCGGUGAACCCUGGUCGAGAUACUGUAUGAUGAAAUGAAGUUCAAUGUGAUGGACUGCAGGAGACUUCCGGUCUUUUCCUCUCAGAAACACCAAAGAAUUGCUUGACUUUGGAAAUCAUUGCUCUUUUUAAAUAAACAACUGUGGCUAAUUUUAUAACAACAUUUAAGGAAAAAGUUCCGAACGCCAGUGCAUACAACAGGAAUAAUGUUUUUUUUUUUUUUGCAAACGACAUUCCUUAUACGACAGUGGGAAAUAUACUGUGCUGACUUAAUUUCUGAAAACAAACAUAAACCUGACCUCGUAAAAACAUCGUUUGGAGUAUUUUAUGUAUUUUGUGUUUAUACAAUAAAGGUUUCCGCAUGUU